AUGGCGCUGCACUUCCAGAGUUUGGCUGAAUUGGAAGUGUUAUGUACUCAUCUCUACAUAGGGACUGAUCUUACACAAAGAAUAGAGGCUGAGAAAGCACUGUUGGAACUUAUUGACAGCCCAGAAUGUCUCAGCAAGUGUCAACUUUUAUUAGAACAAGGAACAACAUCCUAUGCUCAGCUGCUUGCAGCAACAUGUCUUUCAAAACUUGUCAGCCGUGUCAGUCCAUUACCUGUUGAACAGAGGAUAGAUAUCAGAAACUACAUUCUGAAUUAUGUGGCGUCACAACCCAAGCUUGCUCCCUUUGUCAUUCAAGCUCUCAUUCAAGUCAUUGCCAAAAUCACUAAGUUGGGGUGGUUUGAGGUUCAGAAAGACCAGUUCAUCUUCAGAGAAAUUAUUGCUGAUGUGAAGAAGUUUCUCCAGGGUACUGUGGAGCACUGCAUAAUAGGAGUAAUAAUCCUUUCUGAAUUGACUCAGGAAAUGAACCUGGUUGAUUAUUCUAGACCUUCAGCAAAACACAGGAAAAUAGCUACCUCAUUUCGUGACACUUCACUCAAAGACAUUUUAGUGCUGGCAUGCUCUCUUUUGAAAGAGGUGUUGGCCAAACCUUUAAAUCUUCAGGAUGAAUACCAACAAAACCUGGUAAUGCAAGUCUUAAAACUGGUCCUUAACUGCCUUAACUUUGACUUCAUUGGCAGUUCAGCAGAUGAAUCUGCUGAUGAUCUUUGCACAGUGCAGAUUCCAACAACUUGGAGAACAAUUUUCCUGGAACCAGAAACAUUGGAUCUUUUCUUCAAUUUGUAUCAUUCACUUCCACCACUACUGUCUCAGUUAGCACUUUCAUGUUUAGUUCAGUUUGCUUCUACAAGAAGGUCCUUAUUUAGCAGUCCUGAACGUGCUAAGUACCUUGGUAAUUUAAUUAAGGGAGUAAAAAGGAUACUUGAAAACCCUCAGGGUUUGUCUGAUCCAGGUAAUUAUCAUGAGUUUUGUCGAUUUUUGGCUCGUUUAAAGACAAAUUAUCAGCUGGGAGAAUUAGUUAUGGUGAAGGAAUAUCCUGAAGUUAUCAGAUUGAUUGCUAAUUUUACCAUUACUAGUCUACAGCACUGGGAAUUUGCUCCUAACAGCGUUCAUUAUUUAUUAACUCUGUGGCAAAGGAUGGUAGCAUCAGUUCCUUUUGUGAAGUCAACUGAACCCCACCUGUUAGACACUUACGCACCUGAAAUCACAAAAGCCUUUAUCACUUCUCGGUUGGAAUCUGUUGCCAUAGUCGUGAGAGAUCAUUUAGAUGAUCCCCUGGAUGAUACUGCCACUGUGUUUCAGCAGCUGGAGCAGUUGUGUACUGUCAGCAGGUGUGAAUAUGAAAAGACAUGUACUCUUCUUGUACAGUUAUUUGACCAAAAUGCGCAGAAUUACCAAAAACUUCUGCAUUCAACUUCUGGAAUAACUGUGGACAUGGCAAUUCAGGAAGUUUUUCAGCUUAUAUCUUUAAUGGAUAGUGGAUUGCCUCAGUCUUCAAAUGAGAAAAUAGAGCUUGCAAUUCUGUGGUUCUUGGAUCAGUUUCGUAAAACAUAUGUUGGUGAUCAACUUCAAAGAACCUCAAAGGUAUAUGCCCGUAUGUCAGAAGUCUUAGGAAUAACAGAUGACAACCAUGUUCUAGAAACAUUCAUGACAAAAAUUGUUACAAACCUUAAAUACUGGGGAAGAUGUGAGCCUGUAAUUUCAAGGACUCUUCAGUUCCUAAAUGACCUUUCUGUUGGUUAUAUCCUUUUAAAAAAACUUGUGAAGAUAGAUGCUGUGAAAUUCAUGCUAAAAAACCACACGAGUGAACACUUCCCCUUUCUUGGCAUCAGUGACAGUUACAGUCUCAGUGACUUCAGGUGCCGAACAACCUUCUACACAGCCCUCACUCGCCUUCUGAUGGUAGAUCUAGGUGAAGAUGAGGAUGAAUUUGAGAAUUUCAUGCUGCCUCUUACAGUUGCUUUUGAAACAGUAUUACAAAUAUUCAACAACAACUUUAAACAGGAAGAUGUAAAGCGUAUGUUGAUCGGGCUGGCAAGAGAUCUUCGAGGGAUUGCCUUUGCACUGAACACAAAGACCAGCUACACCAUGCUGUUUGACUGGAUGUACCCAACUUAUCUUCCCAUUCUUCAGAAGGCUAUUGAACGGUGGUAUGCAGAGCCAGCUUGUACGACUCCCAUCUUGAAACUUAUGGCAGAACUGAUGCAAAAUAGAUCCCAGCGUUUGAAUUUUGAUGUAUCGUCUCCUAAUGGAAUUCUUCUCUUUAGAGAAGCUAGUAAAAUGGUUUGCACUUAUGGUAAUCAGAUCCUGUCCCUCGGGAGCUUCUCAAAAGAUCAGAUUUAUCCAAUGAAACUCAAGGGCAUCUCCAUCUGCUAUUCAGCUCUCAAAUCUGCCUUGUGUGGAAAUUAUGUCAGCUUUGGCGUCUUCAAGUUGUAUGGGGACAACCAUUUUGACAAUGUACUCCAGGCCUUUGUCAAAAUGCUGCUGUCAGUGUCCCACAGUGACUUGCUACAAUACCGAAAACUGAGCCAGUCUUAUUAUCCACUCCUGGAAUGUCUCACCCAAGACCACAUGAGCUUCAUCACCAACUUAGAGCCUCCUGUACUCCUGUAUGUUCUCACAUCUAUCUCAGAGGGACUCAAUGCUCUUGAUACAGUUGUCUCCUCCAGCUGCUGUACCAGUUUAGACUACAUCGUCACCUACCUCUUCAAGCACAUAGCAAAAGAGGGCAAGAAGCCACUUCGAUGCAGAGAAGCUACCCAGACUGGUCAGAGACUAUUACAUUUUAUGCAGCAAAACCCAGAUGUCCUGCAGCAGAUGAUGUCUGUCCUCAUGAACACCAUUGUCUUUGAAGACUGUCGGAACCAGUGGUCAGUGUCCAGGCCUCUCCUGGGGCUCAUCCUGCUCAAUGAGAAGUAUUUCAGCGAACUGAGAGCAAGCCUGAUAAACAGCCAACCUCUCCCCAAGCAGGAGGUCCUUGCCCAGUGUUUCAGGAACUUAAUGGAAGGAGUGGAGCAGAACCUGUCCAUCAAAAACAGAGACAGGUUCACCCAGAAUCUAUCUGUAUUUCGAAGAGAGGUAGCAGAGGCUCUGCGCAGUGAUGGCAGUGCCGAACCCUGUGGUCUGGACAUGAUGAGCUGA